AUGCAUUUCACUCUAAAAGAAGAAUCAUACGUAAUCAUUGAUAAUGGUUCCUGGAGAAUAAAAGCAGGAAUAGGUGUAACUGACACAAAUCAAUUUCCUUCCGUGCUUCUUCAAACAGAAGUCGGAAAAUUGCCUGAGAUAGAAGUUGAAAAGCAAAGUUCCGAGAUAUCGCAAGUUUCGGAAAAUACUAAACAAACCGCACCGAACUCACCAGAAAAGUCAGAAAAGGAUGCACCCAUAAAGACCGCUAAAGUGCCAAAAUAUGUUUGUGGUAUGCAAUUAAAGGAAUUAAAGGAACAACACAAAGGUAAAUUUGUAACUUCUUUUCCGAUAAAACGCGGAAAUAUUGAGAAUUGGGAUGAAUUGGAAGCAUUAUGGCGACAUAUUCUCUUAAAGGAAUUUAAUAUCAAAAGAUCACGUAAUGAAUGUCCUGUAAUCGUCACCGUCCCGAGUACUUGGAAUAAAGUACAAUAUGAACGAAUUGCACUAAUAUUUUUCGAGACCUUCAAUUCUCCCGGACUUUACAUAGCUAAUCAGGCAUUAAUGUCUCUAUAUGGCUGUGGCAGUAUUAGUGGUUUGGUUGUGGAUAUCGGUUACGGGAAAACUGAGAUAACCCCAAUUUUAGAAUGUUCAAUUCAGCAUCACGCAAUACAAAUCGUACCUAUUGGUGGUCAAGAUUUCGAUGAAUAUUUUCACUCGUUGCUUUUGUUGGACACUCAAUUUCUUGAAGAGUAUGGGGAGACACCUGAUAAAGAUUUUGCGAGAGCUCUUAAAGAAUCAAUUUGUGAAGUUCUAUUAGAUACUAACAAUUUGGAAGAUAAGCCUGUGAGGAUGGAACUCGAAUAUCACGGAAAAAAGUUUACAGUUGGUCCGGAACGUUUUCAUGUUGCAGAACCGAUUUUUGACACAUUGUUGAUUAAUAGACAAGGAGUCUUAUCACUAACAGAAGCGAUUUAUCUGGCCAUAUAUAGUUGUGAACCAGAUAAGCGUAACACAUUAUGGGAGAACAUUGUACUUACUGGGGGAUCAUCUUUGAUGAAAGGCUUGAAGGAACGUAUUAAAAACGAUUUGGCUCCAUAUUUUACAUUUUCUGAUAAUACUGGAGAAUACCAAGUUAAAGAAGCAAAAUUCUUAAAAGUCCCUGAUUAUUUUACAAAUCUUAAAGACAGACAAGAUUUAGCUGGAUUCCUGGGCGCUUCCAUAACAGCCAAGCUUUCGUUUCCGGAUCCAAAAAGUUUCAUUAACAAAGUUGAUUAUAAUGAACAUGGGCCAAGCGUGAUACACACCAAAAGUUAUUAA